UUAAAUAAAUGGGAUGGUGAAUUUGCUUUAUAUAGAUUAUUAUUAUUAUUAUUUUAAAUAAAUAAAUAAAUGUAUUGUGUGGAUUGAAGCAGUUCACAGUCCAAUGUGUAGUCAGUAGGGCACUGAGGACCCUGAGGCCAUGCCCUCUCUAUGCCCUCUAUUCUGGUAAUUUUGGCUGAUUUUAGUAUUUAUAGACUUGCUAUGUGGUGACUACCGGUAGUUUACUUUUAGCCCACCGCCCAUCAAUUUCUGGCAGCGUGGAGAGGGUGCUAACACAGCAUUCAGAUAUUCACGUUAUACAUAAAGUUCACAACAAAUAUAGUUAGAUAGGUAACUGAAGAAAUAUAGACGGAUAUGGCCCGUGCAAUGUCAAUUUGUUAAAUAAAGUUGUCAUAGAAAAAAAAAACCGACAGACGGGCCAGCCACGUGAUUAUCCAUGUGAUUACAGCCAUGUGAUGGGAAACAAUACACCUGAAGGGUCACAACAAGAAGUGAAAUCCCCGUUUAAUACAGCUGCCAGCAGUGGAACAAGUUUACAUUAACGUAGGCUUGUUGGUUUACCAGUCUAUGAAGACAUAUCGGCGCUAAACUGUUUGAGUUAGCUUCGUAGUAGCGUCAAGGUGUGCGCACAGCCAGAGGAGGUAACAGGUAGGCUAACCUGUUGUAAUCAUGCUAGCCGUGCUUGUGCUCGUCGCUGCUUUAGUUUCUCAAACGGCGGCUCGGUACACUGCGAACUGGACGAGUUUGGACGCCAGACCGCUGCCUUCAUGGUACGACGAAGCCAAGGUGGGGAUUUUUGUCCACUGGGGUGUGUUUUCUGUCCCCGGGUUUGAGAGUGAGUGGUUUUGGUGGCACUGGCAGGGCCAGCAGCCUCCGGACCAGAAGUGUGUGAGCUACAUGUCAAAGAACUACCCGCCUGGGUUCAGCUACCCGGAGUUUGCCCCUCAGUUUCACGCUCAGUUCUUCAACCCGGGGGAGUGGGCGGACAUAUUCAAGGCUUCUGGAGCAAAAUAUGUCGUCCUGACUGCCAAACACCACGAAGGAUUUACUAACUGGGAGUCUCCAAACUCCUGGAACUGGAAUUCAGUUGAUAUUGGUCCUCACAGGGACCUAGUGGGAGACCUGGGAGAGGCAGUGCGUAACAGGUCAUUGCAUUAUGGACUUUACAACUCCUUGUAUGAGUGGUUCCACCCUCUCUACCUGACUGACAAGAAGAAUGGAUUCAAAACACAGCUGUUUGUUAUGCAUAAACUACUACCAGAGCUUUAUAACAUGGUUGUAAGGUACAGACCUGAGGUGAUCUGGUCUGAUGGGGACUGGGAAGCACCUGACACCUACUGGAACUCCACCCAAUUCCUGGCCUGGCUUUACAAUGACAGCCCUGUCAAAGAUACUGUUGUGACCAAUGACAGAUGGGGAGCUGGCUGUGCCUGUAAACAUGGUGGCUACUAUAACUGUCAAGACAAAUAUACUCCAGGCCAGCUGCCCAAGCACAAGUGGGAGAAAUGCACAUCUGUGGACACGUUUUCCUGGGGUUACCGUCGAAACAUGAAGUUGAGUGAACUGAUGGACUUACCCACUAUCAUAGAGGAUCUGGUUCGCACUGUGUCUCUGGGGGGUAACUACCUUCUGAAUGUGGGUCCCACACCUGAUGGGAUGAUCCCUGCAGUGUUUGAGGAGAGGCUCAGGGGUGUUGGAGCCUGGCUAGAGAUCAACGGGGAGGCCAUCUACGCUUCCAAACCCUGGAGGGUCCAGACCGAGAACACCACUGUACCAAUCUGGUAUACAUCUAAAGGAACCAUUGUAUAUGCCAUCAUGACAACCAAACCCCCCAAGCCCACAGUGCAACUAUUGGGACCCAAAACGUCAGCAGCCACUAAGGUGACCUUGUUGGGGAAUCCAAAACCCUUACCCUGGUCUCCAGUCCAACCCAGUGCUGGCCUUACUGUCCUUCUGCCUGAACUGCCCUAUACCCCUGGUCAAGCCUGGACACUCAAACUGGACAAUAUCCAGUGAGCCUUAGACCCCAGAAUUUGUUCAUCUCAGGGUUUCAUUAUGUUUGUAGGAUAAGGGGGAACUUGUGCACUAUGGCUGAAGGGACAGCACUUCUGUAAUUCUGGAUUAGUAUUUUUGCCAAAAUGAAAUAAUGGAACACUCCUCUUCAAUGAUUCCUUUGUAGCUCUGAGGACUAAAGGUUUAAUGUGUCACUGCCUCUCAGUUGUGCUCUUCUUUCAAUGAUCGAAUGAUUACAAAUGAAAAGUGGAAUCUGCUGUUCAGCUUGUGAAGCUUUCUUGGCAGCUUUUGAGCUGCCUAAUUUCUGUUUCAGAAAUGAUUAAUUUUUUUUCUAGUGGUUUGUUUGAAAAUGAACAGUUUACAAAGCACUUUCCCUUUUUUUUUUUUUUUUUUUACUGUAUGCUUUUAAAGUGGUUGAAUAAAAGAUGAUUUAAUUUGUCUGAUAAA